AUGCAUUCUGCCCACUAAGCAGACACACUAAGCAUACUAUUAUAUGGCUAUUGUUAAGUUAUUCCCAUGAUGUCAGUACCAUCUCCCACGUGAAUAUAAAUUGGACAGUCCAACUUUUCUGGCUAUCACAUUCAUAGGUUCCUGUGGGUUGGUUGGACAACAGCCAGAGGAAAAUGUCGCAGUACUCUGGAAAGAUAAUUUUUUAUGAAGGCAAGUGCUUUACUGGAAGGAAGCUUGAGGUCUUUGGAGACUGUGAUAAUUUCCAGGACAGAGGCUUUAUGAACCGAGUGAACUCCAUCCGUGUGGAGAGUGGUGCCUGGAUAUGCUUUGAUCAUCCUGACUUCCGAGGACAGCAGUACAUUCUAGAGCAUGGAGAGUACCCCAAUUUCCAACACUGGAACGGUCAUAAUGAUCAUAUGGGAUCCUGCAGACCUGUCCGAAUGCACGGUGAACACUACAGAAUCGAGAUUUUUGAGGGCUGCAAUUUCACUGGUCAAAGUAUGGAGUUCUGUGAAGACUGUCCUUUCCUGCAGGGCCGUGGCUGGAACAAGAACUGUGUUAAUGCCAUCAAGAUUUUUGGAGAUGGAGCGUGGGUGAUGUAUGAAGAACCCAACUACAGAGGUCGCAUGUACGUAGUUGAAAGAGGGGAUUACCGUAGUUUCAAUGAAUGGCAGGGUCACAGUGCCAACAUCCAGUCAAUUAGGCGGGUGGUCAACUAUUUUUAACUGCCUUCAGCUACAUAAAAUGAUUUGAAAAUUGGAGUAACAAGUACUUCUUAUGGCUGAAGAUGGAAGUCUGAAAACAAAGUAAAUGUUAGCUGCGUUACUGCUGUUAAAAAUAACUGAUAAAUCAAGCUAUACAAACAGGCAUCAUCCAGCCAAAUAACUUUCCUUGAACUCAGUGGAUUUAACUGGACAUUAAUUAUUAUCAAUCACUAUCUUCUAAUUCUUGAAGGAAGUGUCUUUCAUACUGCAAAAUUUUCUGUAAGAAAAUCUCAAAAAUAAAAAGUAAUAUCAUUUUUG